CUAUAAGUGCGAUCAACAAUGUGAUGAACUGACAACAUGUACUAAUGCUGACUCAAAGCUUACCUAACGUCUGACAUCAUUGAAUGAUAUACAAUAUAAUCAGUCAUAUGAUAAAACAUAUGGCUUCAUCGCGUGACCUCUUGUGGUGAUGUGGUUCAUUUGUCAUUAUCUUGAGUCGUUGCAUUUCGACGAAAUAAACUGGUUCUGUUAGGGUGGUUGCAAAAAUUAACCUCAUUGGAGCUUAACAGUCAGAGGAUAGCCGGAGUGUUGAAAUGGACACUGUUAACAAUGCAACUUCAAGAUAUGGCCCAUCAACAUUUACACAAAGCCAAGAAGAAGGAUAUGGUUCGAUAUCUAAUAUUGGUAAUGAUCAUGCAGGGGGUAUCAAUGAAGAACAUAAAACAUCUUACUUUGAAUCAAAGAUAUCUAUUCCUCGUAAUGAUGAUAGCAAUUAUGGUUUUACUUUCAAAAAAUUAUGGGCAUUCACUGGUCCUGGUUUUCUCAUGAGCAUUGCUUAUCUUGAUCCAGGAAAUAUUGAAUCAGACCUUCAGUCCGGAACUACAGCAAAUUAUAAGUUGCUCUGGGUUCUCAUGUUGUCAACAUUUAUUGGAUUUUUAAUGCAGAGGUUAUCAGCUCGACUUGGUACCGUUACUGGGCAACAUUUAGCCGAAAUAUGUUAUGACAAAUAUCCUCGCAUACCUAGAAUCAUCUUGUGGAUAAUGGUUGAGAUUGCCAUUAUUGGUAGCGAUAUGCAGGAAGUCAUAGGGACCUCCAUCGCUUUUUAUCUUCUUUCUAAUGGAAAAAUUCCUCUGUAUGGUGGCGUACUGAUUACAAUUUUAGAUACAUUCGUGUUUCUUUUUUUGGAUAAAUAUGGCUUACGAAAGCUAGAGCUUUUCUUUUGUUGCUUAAUUACAAUAAUGGCUGUCACAUUUGGAUAUGAGAGUGCUAUUGUUCAACCAGAUGGGGUGGGAAUAGUGAAAGGUCUUGUUAUUCCCUGGUGUAAAGAUUGUUCAGCAAAAGCAAGAAGUCAAGCUGUUGGCAUUGUUGGAGCUGUGAUUAUGCCACAUAAUUUUUAUUUACAUUCAGCUUUAGUCAAGUCACGAAAGAUAGAAAGAAGUAAACAUCAAGAAAUUAAAGAAGCAAAUAUGUUUUAUACAAUAGAAUCUGGAAUUGCAUUGUUCGUGUCUUUUUUGAUCAACUUAUGUGUCGUUGCUGUCUUUGCAAAGGGAUUUUACGGCAAGACCGAUUUAGAAUUGAAAAUCCUUUGUGAAAACAAGAAACCGAAUAUUCCUUACGACAAUGUUUUUCAUAAUGAUAAUAAAUCAGUUGACGGAGAUCUCUACAAAGGCGGAAUAUAUCUUGGUUGUGAAUAUGGUGCAGCAGCGAUGUAUAUAUGGGCCAUUGGCAUUCUUGCUGCUGGACAAAGCUCCACUAUGACUGGCACAUAUGCUGGACAGUUUGCCAUGGAGGGUUUCCUUAAAUUAUCGUGGACUCGUUGGAAACGAGUUCUUUUUACACGAUCAAUUGCUAUUGGACCGACACUUGCCGUUGCUGGCUUUCUGGGAAUUGAAAAUCUUACGGGAAUGAAUGAUGCUUUAAAUAUAUUACAAAGCUUGCAGCUUCCAUUUGCCUUGUUGCCAAUUUUGUAUUUUACAAACAAAGUAGAAAUCAUGGGAAGUUUUGUGAAUGGAAGAUUGAUGAAAGUAUUUUCUUGGGUCAUCUCUAUUAUUAUCUUAGGAAUAAAUUUUUAUUUCGUUGGUGAUACUAUAGCAAGUUUGCCAAAGAAUGUCGGUUUGCUGCUUUUUGUAUCAUUUUUGGUUGUUCUGUAUUGUGGGUUUGUGUUUUUGUUGUUCUACUAUGCCUUGGAAUUUAAAUUUCUUGACAAAAUUAAAUGUUUACAGAGACGUCCUUUGAAUUACGAGCAACAUACAGCAGAUAAUGAUUUCUUGCCACAAGAAUAGGUCUCUAUUUAACGUACAAAACAUCACCGCACAUGUAUCUCAAGAUUUUUUAAGUUGUAACAAUGCAUACUGUGUUCUUUAACUUGCAUCAUAUUAUCCUGGAAUAUGGGUGGAUGAAAAUUUACAAUAGAAUGAGCUGUAGUAUCCUAUAAACUAUCAGAUACAACUCAUGAAUACAAAUUACCAUUUGUUAACACAUGCAUACAGGUUAGAAAGUUUAUUUUAUCAAAGCAAAGAAAUUUUCUAAUUUAAAAUGCAAUACGUAUAAUUUGAAGAAGCUGUUUAAUCAUACUAAUAAAUUCAUUACGACUGUUUGUGAUAUA